AUGUCUUAUUUGAAUAUAUGCUUUCUUCGUUUAAAACGAUAUUUUCUUCGAUAUAGUCUUUCAUUUAGUAGACGAACCAAAUGGAAUCGUAUUAUUAAAAUUUUCUCUAUUAUUAUUAUUGCUUUCCUCUGUAUGACACUUAUAAAUGGUGUUCUUUUUUCAAGUAUAUUACUUCUUCAAGAAAACACGAAUGAACCUGAUUAUGAUCUUGAUACACGACCAUAUUAUAAAGCAAUUGAAAUGAAAAAACGUUUUGAUGAAUCAGGAAAUUAUUUAAUAGUACAAAAUUUUGUACAAUAUCAAACAAAUUUAACAAAAAAUUCUGAUUUAAUAGCAUUAAAUUUACAUACUGAAAUUGAUCAACUUCAUUUAUUAUUACAACAUGCAAAAGUUUGGGAUGGACCUAUUUCAUUAAGUUUAUAUGUUAAAGGUUCUCGUGGUAGUGAUGAUAUUGAUUAUGCAUCUAUAUGGCUUCGAUGUAAUCGAAGAUCAUUUAAAGUACUCAAUGUUCAUCUUGUUAUAUCAGCAAAAGCUUAUAAAAGUUCAAUAUCAAAUCAACAUAAUACUCAUAGUGUCAAAUAUGCUGUUAGUUGUCAACAAUUAACUUAUGUCAAUCAUACUGAUGAUAAAGAUUCCACACCAUAUCCAUCAAAUCUUCUACGAAAUAUUGCACGUAUUGGCGAUAUACUUCCAUCUAUAGAAUAUAUUCUUACACUUGAUAUUGAUAUAUAUCCAUCACCUGAUUUAUUUCAUCAUCUUAUAUCAUUUUAUACGAAAAAAACUUUCGAUAAAGAAAAUUUUAAACGUACACUUUAUGUUAUUCCAGCAUUUGAAAUUCAUACUGAUACAAUAAAACGUUCUAUACCAUUACCACAAAAUAAACGUGAAUUAAUUUUAUUAUGGAAUGAUAAUCAAAUUCAACCAUUUCAAUCUGAUAUUUGUACAACUUGUCAAUUUUUAACAAAUUAUCAAGCAUGGAAACAAGAAACACGAAACGAUGAAAUUCUUCCAAUAUUUCGACCACAUUAUUCUCAACCAUGGAAACCUUAUUAUGUCGGACCAAAAGAUGUACCUAUCUAUGAUCCACGUUUUAAAGCACAUGGACAUGCAAGAAUAAGUCAAUGUUGCGAAAGUUUUAUUGCGGGUUAUGAUUAUGCUGUGUUAAAUAAUGUUUAUGUAUAUCGAUUAGGUUUUCUUGAUAAAUCACAAUUACCAUCUACAAAAUUAAUUGAAGAUGAUACAUCAUUAUUACUUUUCCAACAAUUUCAAGAAGAUCUAGUACAACAUUAUCCUAAUACCACAAGAAAAUGUUAA